CUACGAUGUUAUCAUUGUAUCAAGUAUUUCAACAACCUAUCGUCCCUGCGUCCUUUCUCGGAAGCUUUCUCUUCCUCGGAUGGUGUUUUUUCAGUAUUAAACCAAAUCUAAAUAUGAAGCAGACAAGUUGGAUCUUGACGCUGAUCAGUAGCCUUGUCUGCACGUUUGUUUCCAUACCUUUCGUGAUUCAAUUUAUGCACUCAAAAUUAGAUAUGCGGCUACUGGACACUGAUAGCAAGUUCCACACUACCUUCACUUGCUUUUUUAUAUCUUAUUUAAUAUUAGAUCUCUCUCUUGGAUCUAUUUAUUAUCGAGAACGAGUUACCAUCAUGACCGGAUGGGUACAUCACUUGUUCUACAUUGCUGUCUUAUUUUGGUUUUUAAGGUUGCAAAUUUCCUCAUUAUUCACCGUGGCAUCGAUAUUGGAACUGCCCACUGUAAUACUGGCAAUAGGAUCAAUGGACCAUGAACUGAGAUCAGACUUGCUCUUUGGCUCGACCUUUUUUCUUCUUCGACUGGUGGCCCAUGCCUGGAUGACGAUUGCCUUGAAAAGACAUCAUAGGAUCAAGGUUAUGUGGGUUAUCGCAUUAGUUAUUUAUCCCCUUCAUCUCUAUUGGUUUUAUGGCAUUGUACGUACCAAUCUAAAGAAAAGAAAAUUAAGGCGUAUUGUAGUAAAGACAAUAAGCAAUGAUGUAUUCUAAAUAAAGCAUGAAUGUACCUGA